AUGCUCGAGCUGUUGCGACCGCUGGUGUCGCUGAUACUAUUACUCAAUGCUGUGUUCUUAGGCAUAGCUGCUGCACUCGACGGUGACGACUCGACAGUUGUGGACGCUCCACUAUACGACUGUUCGGGCCCGUCCAGCACAAGCGACAGCUUCAUUGACUAUGAUCAUAUGGUGCACUGUACACCGAUGCUUCAAAGCUCGCCCGUGCUGGCCAAGGCCACACUUGUACUGUGUUUAAUACUGCUCUUGUACCUGCUGAGCUCUACGGCCGACGAAUUUUUCUGUCCAGUACUGCAAGCAAUUGUCGAGAAGUACCGUAUUCCACCGCAUGUGGCGGGCGUGACUUUCCUGAGCUUCGGAAAUGGGUCACCCGAUGUCUUCUCCAACAUUGCGGCAUUCGCGACAGCAACGCCUUCAAUUGGUGUAACGGCUAUCCUUGGAGGUGGACUGCUUGUGACGACAGUUAUCACAGCAUGUGUUGGACUAGUGUCGGAUGGCCAGGAACAGUUGAUACCGCGCACGUACCUGCGAGACGUUAUAUUCUACUUCAUUGCUGUGUUUUAUUUUGGACUGGUAUUCUUUGAUGGCCAAGUGGGACUGUUUGAGGCAUUAGGCUUUCUUUGUAUCUACUUAGUAUACGUGCUGGUGGUGUUCUUAGACCGGUAUUUGGCCGUCGGAUGCUCUCCGUCAAGAGUGCAUGCGGAUUCCAUCUACACUGUGCUGGAUGACGAAGAUGAUUCGCACUAUUUAGUACCAUCUCCCGCUAGUGGAGCACCCUUGAUGGGCAGCCCGAGAAUGAUUCAGGUUCGAGUGGAGCAACAGACUCGCCGGCCGUACUUGAAAAGCCAGACAAUCCCAGUGUAUGAUACAUUUCAUCGUUUCCAUAUUUUUUCAGACUCGGAGCAAUCGGAACCGUCUCCGCGCUUUCUGGAUCGAAUACUUUAUCGUAAAAGCUCUGUGCCGACGCCAAGAUCAAAACCUCAUAUCAGUGAUGUGCUUGAAAGGCUUGGUCGAGAUGAAAGUCUUUCUUUGUUGGAAGUCACUGAUGUUCAUCUUAAACGGCCAUCGUCAAUGUGCGUUGGAUCGAUGCAAGAGUCACUGCAACGAAUUAGGCGACAGAGACGACGUCGUAAUUCAACGUGGAAGUCGUUGGAACUUAGUGCGCAAUAUGGUGCAUCAGCAAAACGCUGGACUCGUGGGUAUCACGCCCUGAGCGACAUCGUCGAGUCUAUUCCUUCUGUUGAGUUAGGAGAAGCUGACGCAAGUUUGGAAAAUGCUUCAGAUUCAUCAAACGAGGAGGCUUUUGACAAAAAAGCUGAAGAGAUCGUACAAACAGCAGACAAUAAGCAAGAUAGCUUUGGUGCUUUAAGCCGUGUGAAGGAAUUUUCAAUGUGGGGGAUACGACAUAUCGUUGAAGCAGGACAAUGUCUUUGUUGGGCCUUUACACAAUUUAUUUGGAGCCCAUUCGAAGUCUUCACUGUAUUCGUGCGACGACUUACAAUUCCUCUUGUGGAUGAAGACACUUGGGAUAAAAACCUUGUGGUCGUGUGCCCACCUUUUGCCAUGCUCCUGUUUGGCGUGUCGGUAUUUUCUUUCAGCAUUGAAGACCCUAAUUUCCUUAUGACAAUCGUCGUGGUAGGUGGUACCGUCAGUGCUUUCAUCGAGUACUCAACUUCAUCACUCACCCCACCAGAAGGCUGGCAAUUGGCACUUUUAAUUUGCAUGGCGUUCGGCAUGUCUGUCAUUUGGAUCAUGAACAUUGCAAAUGAAGUGCUUGCCGUGUUAGAGACUUUGGGUACAUUGUUUGGAAUCUCGAGCUCUGUAUUAGGAGUUUCGGUUUUAGCGUGGGGCAAUUCCAUCGGGGAUCUUGUCUCAAAUAUGGCAAUCGCGCGCGAUGGCUUUCCUACGAUGGCAUUUGCAGGCUGCUUUGCCGGACCAAUGUUUAAUUUGCUCGUUGGCAUUGGAUUAUCGCUGACAAUCGCCAUUACUUCGCGCGGUCCUCUUUCAAUGAACAAGCCUUCACCUUUGGUAUACUUGGGCUUCGGGUACCUAUUAUUGAGUUUAUUGCUAAAUAUUGGAAUCGUAUCCUGGGACGGAUUUCGAUAUCGUCCACGGCUGUGCUACACCUUGCUGGCAUUUUAUGCAUCUUUUGCAGUCUUCUCCAUACUAGUUGUGAUGAAUUAUCCAGAGAAAUACCUCAGCAAGUAA